UUCGCGUAACAUCUUCUUACACCGAAAUCCUUACUGAAACUUUGUCCAAUUCCCAUUUAGACGGAGACCCAGAAUGUCACAAACCCUUUUCUUAAAGCCCUUCGUUUCGGUUCCUAUAAAUAACUUGAGGAAAUUAAAUGUACACACUAGUUGUAUAGAUGUCAACAUUAAUGUACAGAGAAGAGUUGGUGGGGUAGUUUGUAUGGGAAUGCUUGCGCCGAGGAAGUUCUUGCAGAAAAGAAAGAAACAAGAAGUUUUUAGAGAUGCAGCUGAUGAAGCCGAGCAAAAGAACUGGAGGAGACUAAUGAACGAGAUUGAAGAGACUGGUUCUGCGGUUGCAGUGCUUAGAAGUGAAAGGAUGAAGAACCGGGAAAUUCCCAAGGAUCUUGUGCUUGGCACCUUGGUUAGGUUUAAGCAACUCAAGAAAUGGAAACUUGUUAGCGAGAUUCUUGAAUGGCUUAGGAAUCAAACAUGGUGGAACUUCGGCGAAAUGGAUUAUCUAAUGCUUAUAACAGCCUAUGGAAAGCAAGGAGACUUCAACCGAGCUGAGAAGGUCUUGAGUCUCAUAAAUAAAAAGGGUUAUGCACCAAGUGUGGUAUCCCAUACCGCUCUUAUGGAAGCGUAUGGAAGAGGAGGCCGGUACAAUAAUGCUGAAGCAAUAUUUCGAAGAAUGAAAUCUUCAGGUCCUGAACCAUCUGCUGUGACUUACCAAAUAAUACUGAAGACAUUUGUUGAGGUAUGUAAGUUCAGGGAAGCCGAAGAAAUUUUUGAGACCCUUUUGAAUGACAAGAAGCCACCUUUGAAGCCAGAUCAAAAGAUGUUCCACAUGAUGAUUUAUAUGCAUAAGAAGGCUGGAAGUUAUGAGAAGGCUCGUAGAUUAUUUGCACUAAUGGCUGAGAGAGGAGUUCCUCAAUCAACAGUUACAUAUAAUAGCCUAAUGUCGUUCGAAACCAAUUACAAGGAGGUCUCCAAGAUAUAUGACCAGAUGCAAAGAGCGGGUCUCAAGCCUGAUGUGGUGAGCUAUGCCUUGCUCAUUAAUGCAUAUGGUAAAGCUAGAAGGGAGGAAGAAGCGCUUGCUGUUUUCGAGGAGAUGCUCGAUGCUGAUGUUAGGCCAACCCACAAAGCUUACAACAUUUUGUUGGAUGCAUUUGCAAUAUCCGGAAUGGUGGAGCAAGCUCAGACGGUUUUUAAGAGUAUGAGAAGAGACAGAUAUACUCCAGACCUUUGUUCUUAUACAACUAUGUUAUCCGCUUAUGUGAAUGCAUCCGAUAUGGAGGGUGCUGAAAAGUUCUUCACCAGGCUAAAACAAGACGGACUUAAACCCAAUGAGAUUACAUAUGCGACCUUGCUCAAAGGGUAUGCCAGGACAAACAAUCUAGAGAAGAUGAUGGAGAAAUACGAGGAAAUGAAGGUAAAUGGCAUCAAGUUAAACCAGAAGAUAUUGACGAUAAUUAUGGAUGCAUAUGGCAAGAACGUGGAUUUUGGUAGCGCCAUUGUUUGGUACAACGAAAUGGAAUCUUGUGGGCUUAUUCCCGAUCAGAAGGCGAAGAACAUCCUUUUGUCUUUGGCAAAAACAGCAGAGGAACAGAGGGAAGCUAACCAACUUGUGGGAUUCGAGGAUCAAUAUAGCAAUGAAGGGGUUUCCAAGUUUGUUGAUGAACAUGAGGACAGGGAUGAUGAUGGCUGCCAUGAUGACGAUGAUGAUGAUGAAUAUGAUGCUCUGUCACGCGCGAAUUUUCACAAUGAGAAAGAAAAUGAGUUGACGCAUUUAGUUGGUGAUCAUCAAGAAAGCCUUGAAGCUCUUCAUGUGCUAAAAUUAUGUUGAUUUAUCAAUUACUUUAGCAUUUUAGGGUAUAGGUAUUCACAGUCCACACAAACUGGUCAACGGAGAUUGGUGAACACUUGAGAGUUGUAUAUCGGAAUGAAAUAGUUCAAUUGUAUCACAGUGGCAUUUAAGCAUGUCAGUUUUGCUCUGAUCGUUACAUUAAACAUGGUUUGAUGAUAGUGAUACUAUCAUCUGUAUCAUUUGCUUAUUUUAUUAUUAUUAUUAUUAUUUU